AGGCAGAGAGCGGGCCCGCGGCCGAGGGCAGGAGAACUGGGAUAUUACGCGGACACAGGGAGGCCCUGGUGUGCGGGCAGGUGGACCCUUGGGCAGGUCCUGCCUGCAUCGUCCCUCAUCCCUCACCGCGUGUGUCUGUCUCUCCACCUGGGUGGGGCGAGCCAUCCUGCUCUUCCCAUGGGGACAAUGGCGCCUCUCUACCACUUCUUGGUUCUCUGUAUGGGUUUUCUCACCACAGCCAAUGCAGAACCUCCACAGGAACAUGACCCAUUCACCUAUGACUACAAAUCCCUGCGGAUCGGAGGCCUCAUCAUCGCCGGGAUCCUCUUCAUCCUGGGUAUCCUCAUCAUCCUGAGCAGAAGGUGCCGGUGCAAAUUCAACCAGCAGCAGAGGACUGGGGAACCUGAUGAAGAGGAGGGAACUUUCCGCAGCUCCAUCCGCCGUCUGUCCACCCGCAGGCGGUAGAGACACCUGGCGCGAUGGAACCCAGCCAGGAUUCCCCUGGCUCCUGAUGCCUCCCACCCACCACCUGCGCGCCCACCGCCACCUGGACUGCCCUCUCCCCCAGCCCUGCCCCCACAGACUCCUCUCUGCCGCCCAGACUUCAAUAAAACGUGCUUUUCUCUCUAGA